AACCCAAAUUUGAUCGCUGGAGUCCGUCGGCGAAGCAGCAUCACACACGAUCUCCAAGCCAUGGCGGUUGAUAGCAUGCCUCCCAUCGUCUACACACAGCUCAAUUACCUUCUCACUCAUUCCCCUCACUCCAUCAAGGUUGAGCAGAUAUGGUCUGGUUCGAAGAAUCCUGGUUUGCUUGAUCGAUUUACAUUAGCGAUACCCUUCUGUCUCGAUUAUAUUAAAUGGGAUGUUAUCUACAAUGCACAAUUUCCGUUGCUGGCACCGGAUAUUGUUUUUGGACCUGAAGAUGAGAACUUUCGACCAUACCCUGCUGGCGGAGAAGGAGACUUGAAACCUAAGAACAGUUUAUCUGAUUGGAAUUGCAAAGACCCAACUAGGCUAUUGUCUCUGAUUCUUGAACUUAGGAGUUUGUACAUGGCAUACCAGAAAAAACGUGUUGGGGAAGUUGAUGAUGAAAGACUGAAGUUUGAAAUCAACACCAUUUAUUCUCGGGAGGGAAUUGAAAUGUAUAUGAGCUCUGGCGUUGACAAGCCAGAAGAGGUAAAAUUUGCAGUGCCUUUGCUGGAGAUGGAUUUAAACAAAAUGGUUGCAGGGUCAACCUGGCGUCACCAGCAGAAGAUAUACUUACAGGUUAUAUAUCCUGUCAGUAGAAAAUAUUUGGCAAUGGCUUCAGCUCCACGUUUAAAAUUGGUAUCAUCACCUGAGUUGAAGGCUUUCUUCUCCAUUGAUGAGUUCAGGCUUCCUUCUUGGUUGGAAGGGAUGUGCAUGGCUGAAUAUCUUCCCACUUUAGAGGAGAUGCUUGAAUCACAGAUAAGAGAUUCUAUUUCAUCUAUUGAAGUUAGAAGGAAGUUUAUUACAGCAUUGGCUAUUCCUUUUGGAAGGCCAGUAGAAUCUGAUCCAGUAUUUUGCAGGAAGGCAACAUUUCUAGCUUGCUCUGGCGUGUUUACAUUUCUGGUGCACAUUUCCCUUCCACUUCAGUUCCCAAGGCAACAGCCGGCUCUGAUGCUUCAAAGUUCGCAGCAUUUUCACUCUCACCCUGGUAAUGCACCGAUCAAGUCGGCUAUUUUGCAAGAUUAUCCAUGGAGUCCAAGAUGGGAUGUGGUAGAAAUGGCAGACAGGAUCUUCGAUUAUCUCGUGGAAGAAUGUUUGAAUUUCAAGAAACACUGCAAUGAAGUACUGGUGCAGCAGCGUUAGUGUUAUGAUUGCUUGUAUCAUCCGCACAAAUUAAGUAGUCUUAAGUUGUCCUGUUCGAUUUCAGAAUUCCCGUGGUGUAACGCAAUUCUGUUUGUGAUAUUAACAGAAUUUGGUAAAUACGCUCCUAAAAUCCUGGUGCUGAUUAGUUUCAGCUGCUCCUAGAAUGCUGAAACUCAUCAAAGGCUUGGAAGAAAACACAUAUUCCAUAUAGUCCGUUUCCGAGGCUUAAAUGCUUGAAAAUCCGACCUAGGUAACGGAUUCUGUACCAAAAUUAAUGGGUAAAUGCUGACUGGGAUAAGAGGUGUGACUGGUAAGUUUCACUUCCAUGUACGAAAGCGGAAGUAGUUGAUAAAAGUUGUUUAUUCUUUGUUAAACGUUUGUCGUUCUGGAGCUGGAAGUGAAUGUGGCUAACUACUUGGUGAUCUUCCGAUUCAA